AUGAUACUUUCAAAGUUUGCCCUCAAGUCCAAGCAAUUUCAACAACCAGUCCGCGUAGCUAUGCGUGCAUUUGCCGAUGUUGAAGUCGAGCACUUGGCAGGAAAAUGGGCAACUUAUGGUGAUCUUGAGAAUUACAAGCAGGGAAAAUACCAAAUCAAGACUUUCAAUAAGAUCUCUCCUGUUGGAUUGAGUCGAUUCCCUGAUGAUGAAUAUGAUAUCCGUGAUCAAGACAAGGAGGCUGCCAACGCCCACGCUAUCCUUCUUCGUUCUCACAAGCUCCAAGAAUCAGAUGUACCACAAACUGUCCGUGCUAUUGCUAGAUGUGGAGCUGGAACCAACAAUAUUCCUGUCCCUCGUAUGACUGAACUCGGAAUUCCUGUCUUCAACACUCCUGGAGCCAACGCCAAUGCCGUCAAGGAACUGGUGUUAUGUGGUAUGCUUCUUGGAUCUCGCCGUAUUGUCGAUGGUGUCAACCACAUGAAGAGUCUUGGGGAACAAGGACUUGCUCGUGAACGCGUCGAAAAGGAUAAGGCCAUGUUUGGUGGACGUGAACUCAAGGGAAAGACUCUUGCUGUCAUUGGACUUGGACACAUCGGUUCCAUGACUGCACGUGAUGCGGAAUCCUUGGGCAUGAAGAUUAAGGGAUAUGAUCCAGGCCUUUCUGUUGGAUCCGCACUCAAGUUGCCCAACACCAUUGAUCUUGCUGAUUCCAUGGCUGCCGCCGUCGCUGGGGCCGACUACAUCAGUAUCAACAUUCCAUACAUCAAGGGAGAAAAUGGAACCCAUGGAAUUAUUGGAAAGGAUGUAAUCUCUCACUUCAGCCCUGAUGCAGUCCUUUUGAAUUUUGCUCGUGGUGAACUUGUUGACUCGGAAGCCAUGAAGGAAUUCCUUGACAGCGGAAACGGUCGUUACGUUUCUGAUUUCCCAGAAGACUUGCUCUGGAAUCACGAAAACACCAUUAUCUUGCCACACUUGGGAGCCUCCACCGAGGAAGCCGAGGAUGCUGCCGCAUCCAUGGCCGCAGAUACCAUCAUAAAUUUCCUCGAGACUGGAACCAUCGUGAACAGUGUCAACUUCCCCAACACCAGUCUGCCUGAUCGACCGGAGGGUGCCGUCCGAUUCACUGUCGUCAACAGCAACGUUCCUGGUGUUCUUGCGAAAAUGACCGAAGCCUUUGCUGCCGAAAAGUUGAACAUUCUGCAACAGAUCAACCAAUCUCGAGGUGAUAUUGCCUACAACGUGUUGGAUAUCUCCACUGAAGGACAUGAUGAUGUAUUGAGCUUCAAGGGUGUCCAAGAAAAGAUCACAAUGAUUGACGGUGUUGUCAGUACGAGAAUCAUUUAUGGAACUCCAGGAAAGGGUUAUGCCAAGAACAUUGAGGGAGUGUACUUUAUCUAA